AUGGCUUCCUCAGGAUUUCGCGAGAAGAGGAAGUUGGCACAAAAAGCAGAAAUGUUAUUCAAGUUUGAAGAAAAAGAGCGUUAUAAUAACAUAAAGCAGAUUUUAAAGAAAGAUCCUUCGCUAAGAAAUAAGGAAGAGCUUCAGUUAAUUUCUAACUCGCAAGAAAUAGUCCAAGAAAUUGAGAAGCGAGUACAGCGUCAAGAACAAGUAAAGCGUCGAGUUGAGGAGGUACAGCAACAAUUUAUCACAUUUUUUAACAUUUUUUUCACUACUGUGCUUAAUUCGGUCUUUUUACUCCAACAAAGGUUUUAGAUCCGUGUGAUGUGUUGAAUGAAAAGGCAACUGUAUUAGCUGAGGCGAUUCUUAACGCCAAAUGCCUGGUGGUUUACACUGGAGCUGGUGUCAGCACGGUGAGUGUGUAAACAUAUGCAUACAAUACAAACUUCAGUGGCCAUUUGUUGUUAUUUUCAAAUUAUUAUUAUUUUUUUAAUGAAACGUGCUAUUUUCUCUUUUAUUUCGUAGGCGGCUUCUAUUCCCGACUAUAGGUUUGUGAUACAUUAUCCUGUAUAUGAUAAUUUAUUUAUUUUGUAUACUGGUACCGAAAUACUGGUAGUGAACUCUUUGAUUCCUUUUAGCUUGAUCGUAACAAUGACAUAACAUAUGUUUCCUUUGUAAAUACUUUUAGAGGCCCUGAAGGCAUUUGGACUCGCCUGUCUCGAGGAGAAAAACUAGGGUAAAUGAAGUGGAAUUUUCAUUAUAUUUUCUUGUUAAAAGUCAUUUGCUGGUGGGAGCAGUCUCCCUUUUCAUUAUACAUGCAGGAAGAAAUUAAGAAUCUGCUGUGAAUUAAAGUGAGGGGAUUUCAGUGAGGGAGAGUGGCCAAAUGGUUUUUUGAGUUUCACAGUGUCACCACAAGCUGGAAUUGUGGAAGGUCCUUUGCUGCUUGAAGACGUGUGAUGUAUCUCAUGCCAAAAUAAUGGGAUACAACACUAAAAUAUACCAGAGACUGAAACAACAUCAUCGCUUGUGGUUUAGCAGCCUACGUGUGGCUGCACCCUCCCCCUGACAACGGAAAAACGGAGAGAGGGAGCUCCCUCUCUUCCUUCCUCUCUCCGUUUUUCCUUUGUUGGGGGGAGCAUGUGGCUAACCAUAGGUGAGCAGUUUAGUUUUCUCAUGCCUAUUUGGCCUUUUCCUUGCAACAUGAUAACAUUCUAGAAAUAUUUCUGGGCCCAGGUUUACAAUUGCCGAUUGGCAUUAACCUGGGGUUAAAUUUUAAUCCUUUUAAUUCUUUUUCUUUUGCUCAUAAGUAUUUUCCCUGACGGAUUUCUCCAUUCUCUUCAGAGUAUCCAAUCAUAGAUAAAGAGAAUUAAGUUGAAUUUGCUUUUUAAGCUUUCUUGGCUGAAUUCAAAUUUCUCUCUAAUCCUGGAUUAGUUUAAACUAGCUUUGAAGGACCCGGCCCUGGUGUUCAUGGUUUUCUAAGUUUCACAGUAAACUCUAAAUCAUUUUAUAAAAUGGCCAAUUAGUUUACUCCCUACUGGUCAUGGCUGGCUAUUACUUUGUGAAAUUAUCUUUUUACGUUGUAAAGGAAAUAUCAGUCAUCACACCCCUUUGAAAGUAAUAAAUGAACUUGCAACAAAUAUUAAUAAAUUUGUGCUAACCAGCAAAUAGAGGGCAAGACCUAGAGUUAUUGAGAAUUUGUAGUAUAUUGUAAAGGCGCAUACAAGUCAAAAGUCCAAAUGGCUGGAGCUUAUCCGGGUUUCCUUGGCGUGAAGCAUGCCUAGGAGUAUUGCUACUCCCCCCUGCCUGGACAGGAUGCUAGUCCAUUGCAGGGUUACCCCCCGGCAGUAUACCUCAGGUACCCAUUUAUACACCUGGGUGAAGAGAGACAAGGUGGAGUAAAGUUCCCUGUCUGAGGAAUCAAUGCAAUGGGCAAGGCUUGAACCCCUGACCUCCAGAUCUAGAGUCCUUGGUGUUAACCAUGCAGCCACACACACCUCCUGUACUUACAUGUAUACUUAAACGUUUUUGUUUUAAGCUCAUACAACUUGGCAGAUGCAAAUCCAACGUUAACACACAUGAGCAUCACAAAACUCUAUCAGGAAGGACUGGUGAGUAUGUUAUCAUCAUCUUCCAUGAUUCUUGUUAAUAAAAGCAAGUGGGAAGACGGUAGGACUUGAGUCAUAUGCACAAACAAAUACAUCAAGUUGUAUUUGAUUGUUACCAUUCAGGGCUGUUAUUAAGGACCAGGGACUGGGUGUGAAUGUGAUCCUCAGCUACUUUCAUAGGAAAAAGAGGAAAAAUGGAAUCUAAAGAAAUCUUAGCUGUUAUAUCUCCCACCUGUUCAAAAUAAAAUAAUGAUUUGAAAGGGUGGAGACAAUAAAUAAUUGGGGACUUUUAUUUUUUCAUAACAGUGGAAGGGUUUAAUAUUACAGAUUUAUGAAUAUAGACAAUAAUUUGUUUAUUCAUGUGUUAAGCCUCAUAGAUAAUACGAGCAUAUAGCUCUUGCCAAAUAAUUUCUGACAAAGAUUUCAACAAUUUUGAAAAUAAAAUAGAUUGGAUUGAUAAGUAUACUAUGUCAAGUCUGCAUCAUUAUUUUGCUUAUUUCCAACUUGCACCAUGACAGGUCAAACAUGUGGUCUCACAGAACUGUGAUGGACUUCAUGUGAGAAGUGGGCUUCCACCUCAGGCUCUCUCAGAGGUUCAUGGAAAUAUGUUUGUUGAGGUUUGUGUUCAUUACAUGGUUCUGAAAGAUACUACCAAAUUGUUUGACAAUUUUGUGCAAAUAAGUUUUUUAAAUUCAUUCUUGUAGGUUUGCACCGAGUGUGAAGAAAAUGACACAAUAUACUAUCGUCUGUUUGAUGUGACAGAAAAUACCUGCCUGAGACGACACCUAACUAACCGAUACUGCCACUGCUGUGGUUCUCAAUUAAGAGAUAGUAUAGUACAUUUUGGAGAAAAGGGUAAACUACGAUGGCCAUUAAACUGGGAAGGAGCAAUAGAGAAAGCUAAAGUGGCAGACUGUAUUCUUUGUUUAGGAUCAAGUCUUAAGGUGAUUAUAAUGUUAUUCAAAAGCUGUCUUUCCUUGAGCUGAGGGUAUUCAUUUGAUGGAUGACUUUAAUUAUGAUCAAUUGUUGUAAGCUUUUCUUGUGGAGAAGCUUUAUCCUAGUUGCUUAUUGUGACUGAGGGAGAACUGAAAAUCUGGUGAAAUUGAAAGAAAGGUGGUCCGAAAACCUGGACAUCACAUAACAAACUGGAUGAAAUUUAAAAUUGAUCAUUAAAAAAUGUAAUUACUUAUAACAAAAGUAUAAUAUACCACUAACCUUGAAUGAGGAUGUAGGCUUCUGCUAUUAACAAUGGCUAGAGCUUGAAAAAUGGUAGUAGUCUCUUGCUCUUUGAUGUCUUUGACUUGCUUGUAGCUUGCCAUUUCAUUUUUGAAUUAGAAAGAAGGAGAUUGGUUCUGACUUUUACCCAGUCAGAUGACAAGUUGCCUUAAAAUUAUGACUUUACAUGGCACAAAGAAAACCCUCUGUAUGUAAUGUUACUAAUACCAAUAAAGAGCGGGUAAUUUUACAGUGUAAGGCUGUACACUAUUGUGACACAACAACAUAACUUUAAGCUACGUGUAUCUUACUUUUGAGCCCUGGUUACUCAAAAUCCCAAAGGAAACAGACAGUUAAACUUAGCUGAUGAGUGACAUUGGCUAAAAAGGUUUUACUGAAACUUUUUAUAGAAUUUUUAGCAUUGCCAGUUACAAAGUAAUUAAGACACACUGAGCUUUUCUCAUGAUGGCAAAUAAUUUGCCUUUUUCUAAUUUCCUAAAGGUCUUGAAAAGGUACCAUGCUCUAUGGGGAAUGAAUAGAGUAAAGUCAAGAAGACCUAACUUGUACAUUGUCAAUCUUCAGGUAAGUGGGGGGCACCUACAGCUCCUGUACAGCUAUAAUCAACUGAACCUCUCCACUACGGCCACCUUGGGGACAGAAGAAAGUGGCCAUUGUGGAGAGGUGGCCGUUAGUGGGGUUCAACUGUAGUUGUUUAUGAAUGAUCUAAACUAUAGCUUUUAACCUGUCAAGAUCCCAAAUCAGUCCACUUACAUUAUGUAUUUAGGCAUUGUCUGUCAUUUCAGUCAGCAAGGCAUGCCUAGUUUUAUUGGCUUUUAUUGUUAAAGUACAAGUGUAUCUGGUAGGUUUUUAUGAACAUAGUCUCCAAUUCGGUGAAAGGUUUGAACCCAGGAGUCAUUUCAUAAGUAGGUAAAACAUGAUCAUCCAGGUAAAUCUCCUGAAUAGGACUGUUGUUGUUGACAGUGACUGAUGUUUCAAUAACCUGUGAGGUAGUCAUCUUCAGAGUCAAAGUGAGUUGUAUCAUGUCAGUUCAUUGAGGGUAUUAAACUCUGGUUAUUGACCUAAUUGGUCAUUCAAGUCGCAAUGUUAUUACCUGUCUGUCAGUUAAGCUGUGAUGUUAUUGGCUAUGAAGACUCGUUAUGUCAUUGGUGCGUUUCGAUGUGUCUAUUGUCACAGUUAAACAGUGUUUAUGGUUAGACAAAGUUGUCCAGUUGUUCUCUUGUAGUUAGUUUUGCUUGAUGCCAUCAAAUAAGUUGUUUGUACGGUGUCGGUAACUAUUGACUACAAUUCAGUGGCGUUUGUUCUGAGUCAGUAAACCAGCAUUCUAAAGUGAUAGUAGUCUGUAGAAUACGCAAUAUAUGUUGCAGAGUCUCAGUCAAUUUGAUGUUUUGUCUGUAAAUGUUGCUCAGCAAUGUGAUUGUUGACGUCACUAUUUCUUGUCCCUUGUUUGUGUUCGGUCAGUCGUGUGCCAAGGUUUCUGCCGGUUUCACCAAUGUAAGUAGCCUGGCAGUUACAGCAUUUGAUCUUGUAUACUUCUCUCUGUCUGUCCUCUGGUAUGUCUCUGUCCUUGACAUUAGUAAGUAGUCAUCGUAAAGUGGUUAUCGGUUUAUGUGCAACACGUAUAUUGUAAGGUUGUAGUAUACGUGUGAUAGUUUCAGAGGUGCCUCUUAUGUACGGUAAAGUUGCUGUCGUAACAGGACCAGAGUUGAUGUUGGUCUGAGUGUUGGAAUCAGUGUUACUGUGAGUGUUCUGUCUAACAAAGUCCGCGUUGUAUUUGUUUUACAAAAAUGUUGUAACGUUUUGUUUCUUCAAUCACUUCUUUCUGCCAGUCAGUUUGAAACUGCGUAGUUCUUCACAUGUAGAUUAAUAUUUAGUGUGUUACAUUUUAAACAGGAUAAUCAACUAAAAUAAUGUAAUACGUGCAUAUUGAAAUGUUAACCCACUUUUUCACUUUUUGCUUAAGUGGACACCAAAGGAUGACUUGGCAACUUUGAAGAUAAGUGGUAAGUUGCCAAAAUGUCAAUACAGUGAAAGUUUAUUUAUUACCAGACAUUUAGGCAACCAGCUCUAACUAGCCUGUUAAAUAUUUAUAUUAUGAAAGCAGUAGUACUUAUUUAAACUAUGCAUCCAUCCUUUUUUAUAGCAGACAGCGAUCCAUGUACCUGUAUAGUGGUCAACCUUAAACGUGUGUGUUUCUAUAUGUACGUAUUGCUGAAGAGGUCCACAUCACCUUUCAAGCUGCCCUGUUUACAGAACCUUUUUGAUAUAUGAAAAAAAGUUUGAUAUUGAUAAUGAAAUGGUGAUUUCUUUGGCUUGUGCAAUUUCAUAUUAUUUGAAGACAGCCUUUAAUAGCAUCACUGUAUCAUUAAAUCACAAUUUUCACUCAAGUUGUCCCCAGUGCCCUUAUGUCUAGAAAUAUCUGAUUAGUCUAUCAGUCUGGACAGGAAAUAAAUCCUGUCGUUUUUUAUGUCAAAAGGUCUAUGUACUUACUGUAAUUCAUUUUCCCAAGACUUGUAAUACUAGCACAAAAAACUACGUUUUCUUGCUUUGUGUUGUAGCUGUUGCUUUCUGAUUACUAACAGCUUAUUUUCUUGUAUAUUCAUUGUAGGUCGUUGUGAUGACGUAAUGAAAAGAGUAAUGGAUAAACUGAGCUUAUUUGUUCCACAAUACGAAAGGUCAGUCAAACCUUACUUUUUUGUCCUUGUUCAGUCCUACAUCAUUAAGCAUUCUUGAUCUAUAAAUGGACACUUCACCUAUGAGCUACUCCCAGGACGUCAAUUGAUCGGCAACAGUGAUAAAGAAAGGCACCUUAAAGGUAGUUCAGUAAAAAGUACGACAUGAGACACCUUGUUAAAAGUUUCUUCCACUUCUACUUCCAAAAAUAAGACGCCACUAAGUUAUAUAGAAAGUUGGGAGGAUGUUUGCGUAUGUUUUAAAGAUAAGGGCAGGUGGGAGUCUGUACGGUAACUCCUCUCUUCAAUCUUCACUGCGGGCUCUAACUGAUCUUUCUAGAAUCAAAGCUCACAAACGAGGCUGCCAACGAGAAUAGGAACUGGCCAAUCAAAACCUUAACAAAAACGGGUGCAAAUAUGCCCUUGUUCUAAAAUUGUCAUGUGGUGGUUGGUUUGCUGAGAAGCUGCUCAAACGAUGCCAUUCAUAGCUUUUAAAAAACCUAUAUCCAAACAUUAUCAUCGCGAAAAGCAGGAAAAGUGGUUAUGAGAACAAAAAUCCGGCAAUUUUGGUGAACUCAAGUAGAUACUAAAACACAUUUACUGGUAACAAUUUAAUAAAACCAAAUCGUUGGCGAUUAUUGAAGUAAUUAAUUAUUAACUCCAUAACAAACGGCUUAAUUGCAGCUGUUGUUCAUGCACUAAGUCCAUAAGUAAUGGUGCAAACGAGAGUAUUUUUCUCCUUAUCUUUUGUAGGUGCAGGGAUUCUCUUUUCACACUAGCUACACCUCUGAGGCCUCAUGAACUAAACUCAUUUAAUACUAAAGGCCUGAACAUGUUUGAAUCGGAUCAGUUUGAGACGCCUGUUUGCCUCAAAACUGAAUCUAAAACUAAAGAGGACAGUUACAAUGACCUGAAUGCGGAAAAUGACGGCAAUGCGGUGGAAACAGGGACUGACAGUGUUGCAGCAUCGGGACCUCAAAUGCAGCCAGGAUGGUUUGGCAAAGGUUAUGCAAAGAACAAAAAAUCACGAAAAAGACGGAGAGUAAGAUGAUCUGAGCUUCAAUUAACAACAGAACAGGAAUAAAAACGCUAGUGAAGAAAUUACAGCCAUGAUAAAGAGAGUUUGUUGUGAGAGGAGAUUAAAGAAGAAAGGUUGACUGAUUGACACACGCAGCAACAAAUCUUUUACAAACACUUGAAAUUACGUAAAAAUUAUGAACGUUUAACCUUGGUUUUUUAAUUAAAGG